AUGACUGCCCUUUUUACCGCCCAGCUCGCCAUUUACGCCGUCCUCAGUCUGCCCGUCCUCUACCUCCUGUAUCGUCAUGGCUCGCCAGGUUUCUUGGGCUGGGGUUACCUAUUCGCGUUCUGCACACUCCGCAUUGUCGGCGGUGCCAUGUCUACUGGGAAUAGCAGCAGAUCGGGCGCGGAUAUCAUCUCCAGUGUCGGCAUUUCGCCGCUCUUGCUGACAGUGGAUGGAAUUCUACACGAGGCGAAAACGUAUCGCAAUCCGGAACUCAACAAACGGUUGGAAUGGACCUUCAUCGCUUUCAUCCACGUGCUGGUCGCCACCGGAGUUGCUCUGGUCGGCACGGGGGCUUCCGCUCUGGCAGGCAACGAUGCGAAUCCUAAUGAUCUGACACUGAUAAAAGUCGGAAUGGCUUUGCUCGAGGCCUGCUGGGCGACACUGGUGCUUGCGACCCUGAUAGCGCUGUUACCCUCUCAGCACCGACAGGAUGCUCCAGCCCAUACUGAGGGCACAAGGCUCCUGUGCGCUGUCCUGGUGUCUCUCGUUUUCAUUGGAAUCCGGGUCCUGUACGGCCUCGUCGCGGAGAGCACGCAAAAGGCAGACUUGAACCCAGUGACUGGCUCGCUGGCCAUUCGCGUCGUGCUCAGCUUUCUGCCCGAACUCAUUGCGGUGCUCAUUUUUGUCUUCGAGGGGUUUCGGACGCGCGAUGUCCAACGUUAUCAGAAGAUGGACCGAACACAACCGGCGUCGAGCCGCUGGACGCAGCUGGGUUUAAUAAGAUGGUGCAGGCAGUUCCACGGAGUGAAUCCGAAUCUGAAUCUUCUCCUUGGAAGUGUGGGUAUAGGAAAGACACAGUAUGAGGAUGCUGUUCUCGUGACACGGACGACGUAUUUGAUUCCAUCUGUCAAGUAA